AAUGCCGUGGAAAUUUGGACUACAGAAAGUUGAUUCGUCGUACCAUACGGCCCUCCUCAAAAAGCAGCUCAUUGACGUGAUUGUGAACUGCGUCAAUUUAGUUGCUGCAGGCAUGCUUACGUAUGUGGUCAUCGUUUAUACAAUGCAAGGCGGGAGCUUAAAAAUAAGAGAUACAAAGAACUUUCCUGGAUCGGUUAGUCCGAAGAAGUUCAGGGACAAUUUGAGUUACAAUCUGUACCUACAUGAUCUAUAUGAUAAGCAUCUUAAGUGGAACUCGGGUGAAUUUCCAUACAGUCCUGAAAACAUGCCAGCUCAUUGCAGAGCUAAAACAGUCUGUAAUCCAUUUCAUACACAGCAUGGACAAAUUGGAAAAAUCGAAGUCCUGGCUAGCUCGUUGUCCGAGUUUUCUAUACUGAAAUGUGCAAAUGGUGCAGCGUGGGCUCAUGUUAGAGAUGCCUACGGCUUCUGGAAAUGUGGAACUUGUUCUAAGGAAACAGAAGUAUGCGAAAAUAGCUGGAGUUCUACACCCUCCGAGAUCAACUUUGACUACUGUGCUCUCUCAAACCCUCAUCUGCAAUUCUUGAAUGAAGUCUAUUAUCAAUUGAUUGUAAUAAGCGCUCACGUUCACCCUGAAAAGUUUGAGCAGAAGUUAGUUUUCCCUUUGGCACCGAACAGAACUGCAGUUCCGAUUCAAAAGCGUGAACAUAAAUUGAUGGCCUGUGACGCUGCACUCGAACUUUUCGAUAGCGCCUCAAACGAAACUGGGAAGCACAUUAAUACAGACGAAGUUGUUUGUCAACUGGCCGCAAAUGUUUCACUUGAAAUUCUUGAAUGGAUCGGAAUGUUUUGUGCCAAUAUGAAAUACAAUAGCGAACAAUACAUGAGCCUUCUUUUCUCGCUAUCCGAACUCUCGGAAAGUCCAUGCUACGAUACAGACAGCAAUGCUGCACGUCACAGUUGUUGCACAAUUGAUAGUAACACAAUGUCGUGCAGUAAUGCUUCACAAUGUAACUCGAUAACUUCCGAUAUUGAAGUGUCUUUGAGUGACUUCAUUGAGUUGUUGGACCUUCCUGCUGAGAAUUCGACUCUGAAUGGAAUAGAUAUUUCAGAAAUAUCUAUUGUGACUAUCGACGAAGACGAUGUCAAAAGUGUUCUUCAGUUUUCAGUGAACGAAAACGCCGAAGCUUGCUAUUUGUUCACUCUGUACGACUCUGUUGAUAAAGUGCUCCUCGAAUCGUCUGUAGAAGACUAUACUUGCAGUUUUAACAUUUCAGGCACAAAUACAGAAUCAUUUGCUGUUCUUUCGGGAACCAGAAAUGAAAACGAAGUACAGAAAACUUCGCCAGAUACUAGAAGAAAACAUAGUUCGCUAAAACAGUUCCGGGACCAUUUGGCCAGUCAGAUUAAAACAGAUGCACUUAAGUUGCACAAAACUCGAAAAAAGUUUGCUAAAUUCAACACUGUUAAACACUCGUUUUACCCGAUUUUACGUUCUGCUAGUGUUUUAGCAUACAUAAUAUCAUUAACAAGUUUUCUGGCAACGUUGGCAACCUACGGUUUGUUUCCAAAAUUAAGAACGGAGCGAAACUCGACCAAAAUCAAAAUUUUGCUUGCCCUGUGCACGUGCGCAACUCUUUACAUAAUGACAAUGUGUAUAACUAUUCCAUUCGUGUCCACGUCUAUGGGGUGUCAGUUUGCCCUAGUUAUGAGAGUCUACUUGACUCUUGUCACUUUGACUUGGAGCAGCAUCGAAGCUUUCUAUCUCUACUCGGCCAUCGUAAUCAUCCCCGACACAUACCAAAGCAGGUUCAUGCGAAAGGCUCUGGUAGUCGGGCUGGGGGUUCCGGCGGCUAUCGUUUUCAUUCCAGUUGCAUCGCGACCAGAGCUGUUCAACGGUUAUGUUUCUGGAUGUGACUGGAUUUGCACGUUUCCAGAGUUCACCCAAUUUUACUUGUUUCUGUUGCCAAUAAGUAUCGCAUUUGGGCUAAAUUUGAUCAUCUACGGAAUAGCUGCGAAUUUUUAUCUCAACAAUUGCAGCCAGUUUGAGGUGAAAUUUGAGCAGAGAAAGUGUGCGUGGGAUGAGAUCAAAGCAUGUUUCGGACUCUUCGUCUUGUUAGUCAUGUCCUGGCUAACUUCUGCAUUCAGUGUGGUGAACUUUUCGUCGGAAGGACCUGCGAUUUCGUCCCCGUUCGAACUGUUUUGUCAAAUUCUUUACAUCUUGUCGAUUGCUGGCCAAGGAGUGUACGUAUUCAUUGUACACUGUGUUGCGCCACUGGAUGCAAGAAAACAGUGGAUCCAGAUCUGGAAAAGUUUUUACGUUUUGAGAAAUUCGGACAAAUUUUUCCGGGCGAAGAAUUUGAGGAAGGGCUCGAAACCGAACCAUGGACCAGUGCAUCACCCGAAAGUAGUCCAGAAAACGGUUAGUGGUAAUAUAAGAGAUAGAAGUGGCAAUAGUAAGAAGACAAAAAAAUCGACGGCUAGAGUCCAGAGCAUUCCGAAAAUAACGAUCAAUUCAGAUUUCCCGACCAAAAGCCAAGCUUCAGAAGUCUAACCUGUUCUUUGUUCGGAUGAAAUUAUAUCUUGGAUGAAAUAAGUUUUAUUUGUCUAUAAAAAGUAAUGCAUGCAAUUUUAAAGUGCAAUAUUCAUUGUAAGCUACUGCCAAUGAAACUAUUUGAAACGGCUGCGUGUUAAGUUUUUCAUAAAAAUUUACAUGGUAUCAAACUGUAAACAGGUAUAAAUUAGAAUUAGUUUUAAAUGUCUGCAUGUGCUAUUUCGCCGGACUGUUAUUCUUUUGAGGAGUUGAAUUCUUAUUGAAAUGUAAUAAAAAGCAAAAAGUUUGAAGAGACAGUAAAUUAAAGAGCUAUAUGUUGAUUUAAAAGAAAGUUUGCAGGCAAAUUUGAGUUUCGAGCCCCCCUGAAAGUAUAUAUUUUUGCUAAUGAAUUAGCUUUUCUAUGAAAAAGUUUCAAAGUAGGCGUUGCAAAUUAAAUUUAUCUAUCCGAACUCUUUUUCUACCAUUACUUCUGAAUGCUGAAUAAUGUGCAAUAUGAUUUAGAUUUAGACUUCUGAGCUUCUUUUUUUUUGAAAUUUACUUAUUUAACUGUGAUUUAUUUCCGAUUGCUAUUGUACAAACUUAUGGAAUAAUUAAGACUCAGAAACUUUCGUAGAAUUGAUUCAAGCUAUCAAA